AUGGCUCAUGGAUCUCUAAGGAAUCUGCAGGCUCCUCUUGAGGAUCCUGAUGAAAACCCAGAUAACUCUCCCUUUGCAAACUUGAAAAGCUUGAUUCACUGUAGAUGUUCCAGGUGUUUUUCCUUCCCUUCAAAGCGAAGGAUAAGAAAACGGCCUCGAGUCCUGACGUUGUUAAGUCUGCCUGAGGACGUUCUGUUUCAUAUUCUGAAAGGCCUUCCUGCCGAGGACAUCCUCUCAGUCAGAGCUGUGAACUCGCAUCUUAAAUACCUUGUGGAUAAUCAUGCUAGUGUGUGGGCAUGUGCAAGUUUCCAAGAAAUAUGGCCUUCUCCAAACAAUCUGAAGAUGUUUGAAAGGGCUGCUGAAAGGGGUAACUUUGAAGCUGCUGUGAAGCUGGGGAUAGCAUACCUGUACAAUGAAGGCUUGUCCAUCUCCGACGAGGGUUAUGCAGAAGUGAAUGGAUUAAAGGCAUCGCAUUUCUUCGGUGUGGCGGAGCAGUUGAAUGUGUGUGCAGCCCCAUUUAUCUGGCUUUUUAUUCGUCCUCCCUGGUCCUUGAGUGGAAGCUGUUGUAAAGCUGUGGUCUAUCAGAGUCUCAAAGCAGAGUGUCAGUUGGAGAAAACUCAAAAAGGAUCUAUUCUCCACUGCUUGGCUAAGGUCUUGAGUCUCUUUGAGGAUGAAGAAAAGAGAAAGGAAUCCCUUGAAAUGUUAGAAGAAUCUUCAAAGCAGGGUUGUUUAAACAGCUCCUACCUCCUUUGGGAAAGUAACAGAAAGGCUGCUAUGUCAGAUCCUGGCAGAUACCUCCAAAGUCUCAGGAAGCUACGGGACUACGCAGCAAGGGGCUGCUGGGAAGCACAGGUAAAACUAUCUUUUCCCAGGAAAAAAGUCUUUAUUUGA